UUUAGAAUAAAACCUCUCAUUGUUGGAGAAGAGAAUACAUUACCAAAUCAAAACCUUUUUCUUUUGCUAUAUUUUCUUCAAAGUCUUAUAAUUAAAAAAAAAAUGAAGAUCCUCAUCACAAGUAAAUCACUGUUUGUGUUUGUAAUCUUGAUGUUUAUUUCAAUGAAAAUACAUUCACUGCAAUUUGAAGUUUUAUCUGGUCGUACAAAAUGCAUAGCUGAAGAUAUCAAGAGUCAUUCCAUGACUGUUGGAAAAUAUCAUAUUGUCAAUCCCAAUGAACCACAUCCUUUGCCAGAUACUCACAAAGUCACUCUCAGGGUGACAUCUACACAUGGGAAUACUUUUCACUAUGCUGAUAAUGUUCAUGAGGGGCAUUUUGCUUUUGAGACAACAGAAGCUGGGGAUUAUAUGGCUUGCUUCUAUGCUGCUGAUCACAAGCCCCCCGUUACUAUGACUAUUAAUUUCGACUGGAAGAGUGGUGUAGCUGCUAAGGACUGGACUAAUGUUGCCAAGAAAGGCUCUGUUGAUCUUAUGGAACUUGAACUGAAGAAGAUGUAUGAACAUGUUCAAAGCAUCCACGACGAGAUGUUUUAUCUACGUGAAAGGGAGGAAGAAAUGCAAGAACUUAACAGAUCAACCAACUCCAAAAUGGCCUGGAUGACUGGACUGUCAAUCUGUGUAUGCUUAUCUGUAGCAGGAUUGCAAUUGUGGCAUUUGAAAACCUUUUUCGAAAAGAAGAAGCUAAUCUAAUGUUAUUCUGAUAUUUUCACUACUCUCACGUUCGAGUAGAAUUUUUUAUAGACAACAUAAUAGUUAGAAGGAAAGUUGUGUUACAUGUACUAUGUGAUAGAAAAUUGCAUGUGUUACUCUCAGAGCUCUGUUUGCCUUCUCUCUGAA